AAUCAUAGGCUGAAUUCAUCUCGCUAUCCGUUUUUCGCGACCAAACUGGUCACAUCGUCGACUGCACUUAAAUUUUAUAAUGAAUUAUUAAGUAAUCAAAUUUCAAAAAUAUAUUCCAGAGAAAUUGUCGCAGUAUUUCGGAAGAAGAAAAAUCUUUUGGAAAUGUAGGUAUUGAAUCACGUCAAGUUGCUUUGAAUAGGCCUGUAAAAAUGUAUGUAUUCCAAAUUGCAUAAAUCAAUGCGUAAAUAUAAUUAAAUAAAUAUAAAUAUAUAGAUAAAAAAAAUAGCUGUUUAUUUUAUAAUAAAAUAGUUGCUUUAAAAGGUCAGGCUGUAAAGAAUAUUUUUGGAAUAAAUGUCUAAUCAAGGAAAAAAUAUAUUAAACUAAAUAUGGAUCGUCUGCACGUGAAUUAGAAUAUGCAUAAAUAAUAAAGGAACCAAAGAAUAUUACUAAUAAAUACAAAAAUAUUAGCAUAAUUUAAAAGAAAAUUAACCUUUACCUUCAAAUUACAUUCCGUAAACGGAAAUGGCUUAUUUAUUUAUAGGUUAAACUAGAUAAAUCUUAGUGACAAAAAUUUUCAUGAUAUACUAAUAGUACAGUUUCGAAUAUUAUUCGUUAUAGAACGUUAACUUGAUAUAUUUUAUUCGAAUAUUUAAUAAUUUUAAUCAUUAAUAUAUUUCUAUUUAUAGAUUAAUAUAAACUUUUUUAAUUCAUAUUUUUAUUUAGAUUUUGCAGAAUUCCUGUCGUAUUUUCUAAAACAGCCAAAUCAUUAAAGCAGAACUCUUUCACAAUGGCCGAUGAAAAUGGGGAAUUGAACGGUGGUAAAAAUAUAUCGGAAAUGUCAUCAAUUGAGUUGGCUAUGAACUAUAAAAAGAAACUGUCGAAGAGAUUAAAAAAUAUGGAAGAAGAAUCAAAUCAAGACGGUGAAGAAGAGACGAAAUCUUUAAAACAGGAAGAUUUGCCUAGUAAAAUACAGGCAGAAAAAGUAAAAGAUGAAGAUCCACCUGCAAAACCCCAAGUUACUAAAAAGCGACAACGGAAGAAACCCAGAAAGCGGAAAUCCUCAUAUUUAUUACCGGAAGAAGUUGAAGCAAGAGCUGUUGUAGAACGUUUGAAAAAGAGGCCUCAAAAGAAACCUGUUCCAACAGUCCGGAUAAAUGGUUCAAUUAAGAAUCCUCUCUCGUUAGAAAUUUGCCAAAAAACCUCAGACAUCAAGAUUGAAAGACCUUUGAAAGAAUACGAUAAUAUGACUCCUUAUGCGUGCACUUUUUGCCAAAAUAGAAUACUUGAGGAGAUUGCUCAGUACCAAGAUGUCUUGUACGGACCUUAUCGUGUUAAAGACAAAGAAAUUUGGUUUCAUGACGAAUGCAUCGUAUGGGCUACCGGUGUCUUUCUCCUAGACAACGGGAAGAUGUUUAAAGGUGAAGAAGCGAAGCCUACACUGUCAGACGAGGAGGCUGGUGAAUUACUGCAAGAGUUGUAUGGAAUUGUUGAAGCCAAGCUCGAUCCUUUAAGCAGUUUUGACGACUGUAACUUUCGUGUUUCUAAUGGGAAACUUACCAAAGAGAGCCAUUUAAGUUAUUUCAAAGAAAGUGGAUAUGUCCUGAAAGUAAUGAAUACAUUAAAUUCUUUGAACCUGGAUCACAUUGAUGGUGGACAUCAAGUGAUGAUUGAAUUGCUAAAGCAUGGAAUGAAUGUUCCGGAACCAAUCACACAGAAAACUGGUUCUUACUAUUGUUUGAAAAACAUAAAUGGAAACAUUCAUGCAGUUUACUUACUUACUUAUCUUGUUGGAGAUCUGAUGGAAAGUUCUGUUUGUACUGAAAAGUUGGCAUACAGUUGUGGUGCUACUCUGUCUCACUUUCACCUAUUAUUGGUUGACCUGAAGAAUAAAGGUAUAGAAACUGCUGGCAGGCCAUGGUCCCUUUCUAAUUUAGAAAAAAUGAGAUCUUAUCUCGAUUUCGUUGAUGAUUUGGAAGAGAAAAAGAUGUUAAGAUUUAUACAUGAUAUUUUUAUGGAAAAGGUUAAAUCCAUUGAAGACAUGUUGCCACAUGGAGUAACACAUGGAGAUUUCAAUGAUCACAAUAUAAUUUGCAAGAAUGAUGAAAUAGUGGGCGUUUUUGAUUUUGGAGAGUGUGCGAGGGAGCGUUUAGUUUACGAUUUAGCCAUAUGUAUGUUUUAUGUAAUGAUAGGUAGUAAAAGAAAUGAAAUCAAAGAUUGGCUAAAAUUUGGUAAACAUGUCAUUAACGGUUAUCAAUCAAAUCGUAGGCUUGAGGAAUUAGAAAAGAAAGUCUUAUCUUAUUGUGUGUUGGCGAGAUUCUUUCAAAGUUUUGCUGAAUACUGGAGAUUGUUAAAAACUAAUAGACUUGACUCUUAUACUUUUACAAUAACACAUCGUGAAGCAAUACCCAAACUAAAGGAUAUUUUGGAGCUGGGAAUUGACGCUACAGAAAAGCUUUGGUUUGACCACAAGAAUAUUCAAAUGGAGAAUAUUCAAUCAGCAAAACCAAUUGUUGAUCAUAAUGUUGUUAAAAACCUAUUGGAAAGUUUGUACGACCUCGCAUUGUUAUCAAUUCAAAAUUUAGAUAGUCAAUGCGAUUGCAAUUUUAAGGUUUUCGUUGAGAGAAAAGAGACAUCUGCUAGAAAUGGCAAAACUUCACGAGACGGUUAUAUUUUUAAGAUUUUGAAUACUGUUGAUUCCGAAUUAUCUGAUCAUAUCGAAGGCGAACAUAUUAUGAUGCAUGAGCUGGAAAAACAUGGAAUAAGUGCACCGAAACCGAUUCCCCAGGUAACGGGAAAGUUAUGGAGUAUAGAAACUAUAAACUCCAAGAAACAUUUGGUUCGCCUACUCACUUUUCUCCCAGGAACUUUACUAAAGGAUGUUUCUUUUACCGAUAAUUUGGCCAAUAACUGCGGAACUUAUUUAGCUACUAUACAAAAUAUAUUACGUAAUAUUAAUCAUGAAGGUUUAGAAAGUUACGAAAGAGCUUGGAGUCUAUCUUUCAUUAGAAAAUACGAUAUAUUCAUUGAGGCUGUUAGAGACGAGAAAAUAAAAGCUAUUCUUGGAAUGAUAAAAAAUGAGUUUAUUAAACAAGUAUACACAGUUCAGGAUAAAUUGCCUAAGGGACCAAUUCACGCCGAUUUUAAUGACCAAAACAUUCUGAUAGAAAACGAAACUGUAACAGGUAUAUUCGAUUUCGGGGACGCUCAAAGUGCCCCAUACAUCUACGACUUGGCGAUUUGUAUAUUUUACCUAACAAUUGAAUGCAAAAGGGAUAAAUUAGAAGAUUGGCUUCAAAUUGGAAAGAGAGCUUUGGAAGGAUACGAGAAAAUUCGAAAGUUAAAGGAUAUUGAAAAGAAAGUGUUACCGUUGUGUAUUUUAGGAAGAUAUUUACAAAGUAUAUCUGCCGGCUGGUGGAUGAAGACUAAUGAUCCAGAAAAUGAAUACGCCACUAUGAUGAAAAAUAAUAAAUAUUGCGAGCAGCAAUUAAUCAAAUUAGUAGAGUUAGGUAUAAAUAAUUUGCAAGAUAUUUGGUUUGGAAAUUAA